AUGGUUCUCCCCUCACCACAUUGGAAUUAUUGUGAAUCCUUCUAUGCGCCCGUGACGGAGGGCGCAAGUUUCCGCAUUCAGACAGAUUCUGUGAAGGGCAAAGGGCUCGUUGCUCAAAAAAAAAUACGUGAAGGAGACGUUGUGCACGAGGAAACUGCCCUUUGUUGUUCGCAGAACCUAGACGACCACCUUAGCAAGGUAGCCGUGUGUGGAAACUGUCUUCUUUUCCUUGAAAGCCCAGCACAGUCUGUGGCUCGAGUAACCAAGGAUGAGGCAUUAACCUCAGCACUGCCAUUUCGUGAAUCCUGCGCCGAUAUCCGGCAGGUGCCGUGCGUGCGUUCAGAAAGCGGUUGUGCGAUGGUGUUCUGCUCGGUGCGGUGCAGGGAAGCGGCGUGGUCGCGUUUCCACCGGUGCGGCUGCCGCGGCAGGAUGUCAGAGGAGCAGAAGGGUGCGUAUGAUGAAUUCGUUACUCACGAUUGGAACCUGGGAGCUCUUAACUACUCCGAUACUGUGUUCCUAGGCUUCCGCUUUGUUUGUAUGGUUGUCACGAAUAUACGCUUCCACAAGCAACCAGUAGAUGUCGCUUAUCAACCCGUAUCGCAACUUGCCAAGUUACCGCUUACUGACUUCCGGCUCACGUACCUGCUGGGCCCUUCAAAGGAAAAUGGUGGGAUUGUAGCGGAGAGAGGAAGCGAGAGCAGCAGCAAAAGUGGAGGUGAGGAAGAUGACAACAGUGGGCAGCAGUGGCAGCAACAUUGGUUGAGAAAACUGGAAGAAUCCCGCUGUACCAGCGUGCAUCGCUACUCAGCGGAAGACAGCCACGCAGCAGGGGUAUUCCUUGAGAAGGGUGUCGAGCUUCUGGACCGAGUUCUACGCUUCACAGAUGAGGAACGCCACUUCUUCACACCCACGCGAUGGUCGGAGCUCCUUGGUGCGAUGCUAUUGAACGGGCAAGAGCGCAGUCGACCCUCAUAUUACGAGCAGCUUAAAUGCAAAGUGAAGGUUAUCCCCGAUGCUGCGGCUAGGAUGGACGCGUUCGAGGAGAAGGUGCGGGCAGCCGGCUUCGACGCCCGGCAGUUGAUGUGCGGCUCGCGUGGGCAGGGGAUCUACACGAUAGGCUGCCUUUUAAACCACUCAUGUGAGCCCAAUUUGCAGGUUCUCUACACUGCUGUGGGCGACGAAACAUUGUCCAUUGAAGCCCUUCGAGACAUCGAACCCGGGGAAGAGUUAAACAUAAGCUAUGUGGACGAGACGCUGCCAUACCCACAGCGCCAGCUGAUUUUGUAUGAGCAUUACUUCUUCAUUUGUAAGUGUCCAAAGUGCACUCGCGAAGCCCCCGAUUGGGAGCGUCAGGUCAAUGGAAGUGAGAAAUAA